AUGGCAGGCCAAACAAGUAGCCCUUCACAGCUUGAGUUGGUCAACUGGUGUAGAGGAGAGAGAUUGAACGUAGAACAUGCCCUUCUAGUGUAUGGAGUGCCAGAAGAAACUACCAUAGCAGAGAUAGAGGAAACAGUAGGAGCAGUUAAAGUCUUGGGCAAGGUUGCAGUUAAGGGCAAAAUGUUUAACUCGCAACAUCAGUCCUUGAUGGUGUUGUGUGAGUGUCGUGAAGUAAUAGACCCCACAACAGUCCCCCCAGAAAUACCCCCCCUAGAGGAGGGUGGUAGUGCAUGGAAGAUGGUGUACUACACCGAGGAGGAGGAGGCUGAGACCCCAGAUGACUUCGCAGUGAAGUUAUCCCAGUUCCUACAGCAUGAGGGAAAAACAAUGGAUGAUAUCCCGAGACUAGGCCAACCCACUAUAGCAGGACACAGUAGCCCUGAGUCUAUUAUACGUGCCGUUGGUGAUGUAUGGGGUAAAAGUAGUAAACCACCAGACAGUAGUUCAUAUAGGCAUCUGAGAACUUUCUCUGGGGUCAGUCCUACCCCCACAGGAGAAGAAAGUCUAGACCUCUGGUUAGAGCAAGCUAAAGUCAUGGUAGACGAAGGCGAGUGCUCUGAGAAAGAAAAACGCAGAAGAAUCCUUGAGAGUCUAAAAGGCCCUGCGUUGGAGAUCAUACAGGCUGUGCAUAUGACUGAUGCUGAUGCUAGCCCAAUGGAGUACAUUCAGGCAAUAGAGAGCAUCUUUGGUACGUUCAAAUCUGGGGAAGACCUCUAUUUUUCCUUUAGAUCUCUUCGCAAGAGUCUAUUGAAAGUUAGGGAGCGGAAAGAUGAUCCCCCUACCUUUCUGAGUCUGCUCCAAGAGAUCCGCGAAGAGGAAGAAUGCCAGUCUGAUCGCCAAAGCCUAGGAGCAACCACCAGUAAGCAGCGAGUACGCGCUGUGCAGGUUGAGAAGGAAACAGAGCCUGAGAUGGACCAGCAGAGUGAACUUCGAGAUCAGAUCAAAGAACUAACUGCUAAGAUGGAUGAACAAAUGAGCAACCAGUGCCAGCAGCGAUCUGACCGUUCACAAGGUGGGUCAAAGAAAAAACAAACACGGAGAGUGAAAAAGGAAUCACAUAGUGACAUGGAGUCACUUGGCCAACAAGUGAAAGCGUUAGAAGAGAAAAUAAGAGUGAUGUCUGUGAGACCCAAAUCAGAAAACACGCGAGAGACCACAACUCAGUCCCGUCGAUCAGCUCCAGGCCAUAGAGCUGGUUCAUCCAAAGAAUAUUUUUGCUAUCGAUGUGCCGAAAAUGGUCAUAUUACACCAAAGUGCUCUGCACCAGAGAACGCACAGAAGGUAAUCAAAAAGCUUGUGCGUUUGGUGCGCGGACCAAAAGACAAACUCGAUGAGACUCCCAAAACCUCUUCAGAAGAGGAGACAGUAGCUAGGACCCACAAGCUCGAAGUCUCGGAAGAGGGCACUGGUCUGCCUGGCGGUCUUCUGGGUCCAUCAAGUAUCUACAGGACAAAUGCACCAGCAUCACCGUUCUGGAAGAACCCAAUAUGA